ACCAACCAUAUUGUAAUAAGUAAUUUUUCAUUAAGCCCAGAACCAAAAUGUUGAAAAUAAAAACUAAAACAACACAAAACGAUCAAUUAAAAGCCUAUAACCCCGAGAUAAAGUUACAACAGACAAACGAACAAUCCACAACCACCACUACAUGUAAACAAUAUGACGAAAAACAUUAAAGAGAGAAGUUCAAAAGUUUCAAAUAAAUCAUAAUAAACAAUAAAAAAUUCAUUAAAAAUACUACAAAUAAAAAAAAAUUAAAAAAAAAAAAUACAACUAGAGAUAACACAAUAUGAACGACAGCGAGAAUUAAUUAAAAGAGUAUUACAGUGAGUACAAAACAGCACAGAAAGAGAGAAAAAUAAAUAAAAAAUUUAAAACAAAUACGAAUACAAAUGCUAUUCAGAUAAAACUGAAAGAAAAAUAAACAAAAAAAGCGAAAUACAGAAAAAAUAAAUAAAAGAAAAACAUGAGUCAAGACGACGAAGAGACAACCAAAUAUAAAAUAAACAACAACUACUACAACAGAAACAACAACUGCAACCAUUAUGGCCAGACGAGAAAGACACAAAAUAAUCAACAAGUUAUGCCGCUCUACGAGAAUUGUACGCUUAAUAACAACAACAACAUCAACGCCACUACGAAACCAGAUCAUUAUACACUGCUUGAGCAGACACCAACCAAGAGCGAAUCGUUCAAUAACGAUUACCGCUUCGUUAGAAACACAACAAACGCCGCGGAUAUAAACGAACAGGAAACGCAUGACACCAACUCCACAACACCCGAAUACGAAUACGAGAAUAUCAAUUUCGUGUGUAAAGAAGAUCAUUUGGACAAAAAGAUUUUAUUGCAAAAAUAUUUCCGCAGUGCCCUAGUGGGACCACGUUCCAAUAUCUAUGAAAAUCUAUGUCGUGGUUGCAAUUACGGAGUGUUUAAUGCGCGCGGUCCCUUGUGCACGUUCUGUGAGUGUAUAGUGAAUGGUGUGAGCGCCCUGAGAAGUGAUACUCCCGAGGGCAGUCUUAAUGCGAGUAAUAAUAUUUACGAAAAUAUUUGUGAGUUUUGUGGUAUAAUAUACAGUGGAAACAAUAGCUCUGAGUGUAAAUGUCGGUUAGUAGAACAAGUGAAAAGUGAAGAAAUUACUAUAGAUCACAUUAUAAAUGUGGGCAGUGAAGAGCUGCUGAUAGAGAAACGUGAAAAAGAAAAGAAAAAAGUUAAACUGAAUAAAUCAAAGUCGUUUAAUAAGUCUAAUAAACCAAAAAUCUUUACAAAUUUCUGGGAUACCUUAAGGAAACCAAAGAACAGUGCUAUUCGAAAGCCCUUGGAAAUCAUACAUCACGUGGAGGGUUACGAACAGGUUUUCCAUACCAAAGACACAUUUGAUUUGCAAAAAAUUUGCGAACUCAAACGCAGUGGCACCAGCUGCAGUGAUCAGCAUAUUUAUGGCAGAUUAAAACAAAAUGAUUUGACUAUAAGCCAGGAAGAGUUCAACUCCACACAAUCCCUGACACAAUCAAGUCAUAGUUCUAACGUUUUGCCGGGCAAAAAACCUCGCAUUUCCAAAGCAAAAUUUCUGAGGCCACAACAUUCAGUUCUAUCUUUAAACUCUGAAAGUUUAGAUUUAAAAGAAGAACUUAACGCUGCUACUAUAUAUUUGAACAAUAGUGUGUGUCAGUGGAUGACAUCAUUGCGACGUGAAAUUCACGCAUACAAUACUUUCAACGAAGUCGAUCAAGAUACGUUGUGUUAUCCAAAGUCUAUACCCUCGAAAAAUGUGUUAAUUUCAUGUAAGGCGCCAGUGACUAAUCGCUUAAAAAAUUUACAAAAUUUCAAAAAUUUACUACAACAACAACAACUACUUCAACCAGUUAAAGAUUGUGGUGAUUUAACGGAAAUAGAAACAAAGUUAAUAUCUCAUAACUCUAUGACAUCUACAGAUUCUUGGGAAUUAAGGGACACAGAGGAGAACCAACAACAGCCAGAUUGUUAUCAGUUAAUGGUUGAAGAAUUCAUGGCGAAUAUUAUAAAUAGGCAAAUGCUGAAAACGAAAGACAGCAGUAGCAGUAAUAAGCAGCAAAUUGACAAUGUUAAGGCUGUGGCAGGUGUCAAUAAUAAUGACAGAAACAACAACAGCAGCAAUAGCUCGGACAUACCUUUGCGUCAAGCCAAUUUGACAUGUACAACAACAAUGACAGCAAAUAAUCAUAAUAAUAACAACAACAGACAUAAACGUCAAGGUAUGUACCUGCGUUUAGAAGAUCAUCAGCUACAACUACAGCAACACAACGGGGAAGAACAAUUGAAUUUGCACAACAAUACCCUCAACCACCACAACAACUACAAUGAGCUGAGAGUAAUACAGGGAGAAAGAGUAGAAUUGGCUAAGGAGAAUAACAAUUAUGAAUAUGAGAAUCUAAACUCUCUGGCUAAACUACACAAUGAGCAUAAUACCGUUACUACACCUGACACCAGCUUCACAACUCCUGGUGGUGAUGAUGAAGAUGAAAAUGAUUUGAAUUUAGUUAGUCGUUGCUUAAAAUCUCCACACACUGGUUGGGAUCUAAUAAAAACGGAUAAAAGACGAGGCAUUCACGAACGAAAUGUAUUAGAGGCAUUUGAGGCCCUGCUGGCACAAGAAAGAACAAAUCAAUUAACCCUUACUGAAGAAGACCAUCACUUGGAUACAAAACCCAUAAACGAACCAGACAUAGACCAUAACUUGGAAACAAAAUCAUUAAACAAACAAGAAUCUCAAACAUUUGAAAAGUGUGAAAAAGCAGCAAACACCAAACAUCACUCUUUAGAACUGCAAACAUUUGGUGAUAAUCCCCAGUCCAUAUCACAGCACUUCCCAACACAAAUACUAGAUGUGAUACAAUUGAUAAACCAUCAGCAACUAGCCACAGGUCUAAAUACGGCCAUCGUAUGUUACGAUAACUAUCUAAAAGUAUUUUUACACUUUAUUUAUCAAACAAAUAACAAUACUCGCACGAUCGCCCAUAAAAUCCCAAACAAACAAUUGGUGAGAAAAUUUAAACAAUUCUACAAGUACUGUGAGAAAAACACUGAAAGUACAGCGAAGCCUAAAACAACAAUGAGAGAAUUGACAUGCGUUAGUAGCAAUUUGAAGCUUGACUUGAACGUAACGAAUGGUUAUACUAACGCGCUAAAACGGGAAAACUACCAUGAGUCAUUAAUUCCAAAACCAAACACGACAAACGGUUUAAAGCAAAUUAAUAAUAAUUGCACAAGUGUUUCAAAUAAAACGAAAACAGAAAAUCAAAAACAAACCCCAAUUCCUACACAAAAUCCAGUGAAAGUGAAAACUCCACCCCAAGUACCAAAAAGAGAUCCCAAAACUAAACUAUCACCCACCUCCGAAAUAAAAAGGUUUCCACACAAAAUGACUGUGCCAGCAAAUAAUCUUAAAACGGAAACGCAAACCGAUACCAACAAGGAAGAAGAAUCCAUUUAUCAGCCCAUAUGGAAAUUUGAGACAAAAGGUAAAGUAGCCGAACGCUAUCAAACUGAUGAUGAUUACUAUGAUCUUAAAGCCUUAAAAGAGAAGUUAGAACAAGAAUCUCCCAAUUCGGUGAUACCCAAAAUAUUAAUAUCCGAUGAUAUUUUGGAAGAGGAGGAAGAGGACCACAACAAUUGGGAAACGGAUGAGGAAUUUGUAUUCACCACACAAAUGAAAAAACGUAGAUCUUCCUCCUUAACCUCGGAUCGCAACUCCACCAUACGUUCUAAUCACAGUUCAAAUAGUUCUUUGGGCACUACUUCCUCCCUAAGUGGCAGUACUAUAACAGAAUUUGCCAGCAGUACAGCUACCUUGGCCUCCACCGUUAGCUCCAGCCUAAAACAUUCUUUGUUUCGCAAUAUUGGCAUAUUCUAUAGUUUAACGGAACCCAGAUUGAAAGCCUUUAUCUAUGACUACGAUCGCAUACAUUCAUCAGCAUAUUUUGCCAAACCCAAGGCUCCAAACUUCAAUAUUAAUGACAGUGGUCUAGGAAAAUCCUUAAGUCCUAUACAGCCUUCCAAACUAAGAUAUGCUAAGAAUUCGGCUUCAGCCUCUUCAUCUCCCUCAACAUCCAACAACUCUUCUCCUGUAUCACCAACAAAACGGGAAAUUUUGGCUAAAACAUUAAGGUGUGCCAGUGAAAGUGUAAAUACCGGUGCAAAGGCGAAAGUUUCCUGUAGCACCCCUCCUCCUCCUCCUCAAGUAAUACCCAGCUCAGUGCAAGCUUGGAAAUAUCAAUUGUUAAAUGUUAAUUAUAUGGAGGAUGAAGAAGAUAUGAUCGUUUCCGAGUCUGAAAUCAUACGUGCCCAACAGCUCAAAGAAGAUCUAGAUCAGUCGCCCCAUGAACAGCCGCAACAGUUUAUACAACGUUUCAAGAGUCGAUCAACGGAUAACUUAGAUCUGCCCAUAGAAGAUGACAAGAAAACCAUUGGAGAACGUUUGGCAAAUAUGUAUACGCGAUUUUCGCCAAUCCAACGAGGAAUUCUAAAUAUCAGAAAUUCACCAAAAGGCGACAAGAAAGUCUACAAACGAAAUCGUGCCAGCCAAUCGACCAGUCUCUAUUUGGAAGAUGGUCUUAAACCCAAACCUCCAAUAUUUGGAGCACCACUCGAUCAACUUGAAUUGCAACAGAAUGUGCCACGAUUUGUUGUCGAUGCGGUCGAUUAUAUUGAGCGCAAAGAUCGCAUUAUACAAGAUGGUCUUUAUCGUGCCUGCGGCAAUAAAUUCUCCAUAGAUGAGUUGAAGCUGAAACUAACGAAAAGUUAUAUUUAUGAUUCGAAACUGAUUGCGGCCGAUGAUAUACAUACGGUAACGAGUUUAUUGAAACAAUUCUUCCGCGAUUUACCCGAACCGGUCAUACCGCCAGAAAUCUAUAGUCGUAUGACGGUAAAUUUGGCCGAUAAAGAGAGCAUCGAUACAAUACGAAUAGCAUUAGAGGAGAUAAAGGAACCGAACAAGUCAACGUUGAGAUUUUUAAUAAAACAUUUGACAAAUGUUACUGCCUGCAGUUCUUCAAAUCGCAUGAAUGCUUCCAAUAUGGCCAUUGUCUGGGGACCCUCGUUAUUUGCCCUUAAUGAUACGUAUGACAUAGGGCGCAUGAACACUUUAACCAAAGUUUUAAUAGAAAAUUAUGAUCGAAUUUUUGCUACUAAUGAACGUUUACUUUAAUUACAAUAAUUAAGAACAUUUUUACUCCAUAUUAUUUAUUAUAAAGCAAAAACCCCCUUAAAAUACUUUAACCCCAAAUCCCCCUCCCAGAAAAAGAAAAGCUUUACUCAUUAGUUUAUUUUUAGUCAUUUAAAAUAAAAAGUUUUUCAUAUAAAAUAUUAAAAAAAGAAAAGAAUUUUGCUUAAAAAACAUCACACAACAUACCAAAAAUUUAUUAAUUAUAAACAAUUUCAUAAAAGACAUUUAAUUUUAAUUUCAAUUUUGUUUUAAGUUAAGCAAUUGAUUAUAAUAAUAAUAAUAUUGAUGUUGCUGAUGAAGUGGAGAAAUUAUUAAAAGUCAAUUGUAUUCUGUAACCAAUUUAAGUCUUUAUGUGGAAAUAUUACUCAAUUUGUCAAUUAUUAAUGAUAUUUAAAUAAUUAGAAUGUUUGUUUGGAUGUGUGUAACUAUUUAAAUGUACUAUGUAUUUCCUUUGUAUUUUAGAUGCUCGCUUUUUUUACUUAAUUGUUUUUAAUUUUUUUCUUCUUUCAAAAUUCCCAUUAAGUGAAAUUGUUCCAAAAUUUGUUAUUAGUUUUAUUACGAAUUAUUAAAUAUUACAAUAUUUUAAAUUAUAAUCUAUAAAGUAGUUUAAAAGAACAAUAUAAAUUAAUUAAUUAAUGUGAUAACUUAGUUGUGUAAGACUGUGUAUGUGUGCUUUUUUUGUAUAUAAAAAACAUAAAGAAAAAUAAUAAAUUUUAAUACGAACAUAAA